AUGGCUUCACCCGCAGAAGAAACACAAGAUGCCAUAACAGAGGAGGAGAUACAAGGCACCAUCGUGUCACCAGCCUCAUCCACGUCGAUACGCCCCAACCGCAACGCAUUCACCGAGCUAAUGCGUCACAAAUCCCGCAAAACCACGACCAUCUCCCCCUCCUUCCCCCACGAAAAACCCAUCAUGUUCGAAGGCCACCGCGGCCUGGGUGCCUACACCUAUAACCCCGCCGCCUUUCCCCCCUCCAAUGUGAUAUUCUACAACGACUUUGCCGUCGCCAUCAACGACCUAUAUCCUAAGUCGAGCGUGCAUACUCUCCUUCUACCGCGCUCAGAGCGGAACCUCCUGCACCCCUUCGACGCCUUCGAGGACGCUGCGUUCCUGGCCGCUACGGUGGCUGAGUCGGAGAAGCUGCGCGCGCUCGUGGCGAAGGAGUUGCGGCGGCGGUAUGGCAAGUUGUCGAAGCUGGAUCAGGCGCGUGAGCGCGUGCUGAAUGGCGAGGUGGAGCUUCCAGAGGGGGAGGACCUGCCGAAGGGGAGGGAUUGGGAGAGCGAGGUUAUGAUGGGGAUUCAUGCACAUCCUUCGAUGAGCCAUCUGCAUGUGCAUGUGUUGUCCGUGGACUGGUACUCGGAGUGCUUGAAGAAUAGAGCUCACUACAAUAGUUUUACUACCCCUUUCUUUGUACCUCUUGACGCAUUUCCCCUGGCGCAAGACGAUCCCAGACGAGAUCCCUCGCAGGCGGGGUAUUUGAGUCGAGACUUGAAGUGUUGGAGGUGCAGCGCAGGAUUUGGGAGGAGCUUUGCUAGAUUGAAUGAGCAUCUUGCUGUGGAGUUUGAGGCCUGGAAAAGGAUAUGA